AGUUGUGUGGCUACUUCUCACAGGUAGCUUGACUAGCCGGCUUGGCAUUGGUUGUCCCUAUUUAUAAUACAUCAUGCCAGGCGGGCUUUGCUGUGUGUGAUUAUGCGGUGUGACUCCCCUCUGAAUUUUCCAGUAAAGAAGAUUGUGAGUUCAUUAGUCAGCUUACACUCUAAGCUGGUUUCUGGGCUUAUCCAUUCUGACCAGCCUCUAUACUUUUUUACUUUUUUUUUUUAUUCACUUGCCUUUCAUCUGGAUCUCUUUCUCUCGGUUGAACACACAUUCUCAUGAUAUCUAAUUGCUAUUUUUAGCUGAGUAGAAAAACUUUUGUCCUUCACUCACCUUGGUGCUCAGCUAGCAGGGUGCUGUCGGGCUCCAUGCUUGCUGGCUGUCAUGCUAGCUACACACUUUGAUCUCAAUGCCUUCCUCUAUGGCUGUUUUUCCUUGCAUCGGCUAUAGGAAGCUCAUUCCCUGGUUGCUAGGGCAACCAAGGAGGAUGGCCCACAGCAGCAGCAAAGGGAGCCUUGGGCUGCCUUUCAGCUCGUCGCUUUGCGGCAUGCCUGCUGACCUGCUGCUGGCUAGGAGGAGGAGUCAGCUCUGCAGAGGAGCUUCUCCCGGCCCAGUAUGGGUCCUGCCACCCCACUGCCCCACCGUGAGACAGAGCUCCAGCGUCAGAGCUCCUCUCUCCCUCUGCUGGCCACUGCGCAGCUCUGACUCUCUCUGCUCCACUAGUAACAGGAGCACAGGCGGCAAGAUGUCAUCCUCUUCCUCCAACUCGUCCUCCAACAACGAUGGACAAGGGAAGCCUAAACCUAAAUCCCCGUUUCGCAAGAGGGGGAGUCUGCAGAGUACCACCAUUCCUGACUUGUGUGGUGCAUCCGGGCCCAAACCCCUCAAGCCCCAGAGAUCACUUCCAGGGACGCCUGUUUCUCUCACACACUACCCAAUCGACCUGCGAACAUCAAUGGAGGAAAAGUACAAAGAGAUUGCUGAGGAGCUGUUCACACGCAGCAUGGCGGAAAGCGAGAUGCGAAGCGCUCCUUAUGAGUUCCCUGAGGACAGCCCCAUCGAACAGCUGGAAGAGCGACGGCACCGCCUAGAGAGGCAAAUCAGCCAGGACAUAAAGCUUGAGCCAGAGAUCUUGCUCCGAGCCAAACAGGACUUCAUGAAAAUCGACAGUGCUGCAGACCUAGAGUUACUGAAGGAGAAGAGUGUGGACACUGUUGAUUAUGGCUUUAAGGAGAGGGAGAUGCCAAUGGAGAGAGACUACCAGCGGGUCUCUAUAUCUGGAGAGGAAAAGUGUGGGGUUCCCUUCACUGACCUGGUAGAUGCUGCAAAGUGUGUGGUGAAAGCAUUGUUCAUCCGGGAGAAGUACAUCAAGCGAUCCAUGCAGUCCUUUUGCAAGACCACAGCUCACGCCCUGCAGGACCUGGGGAUGAAGCCUCUGGAGCUGGCACACUACGAUGAUAUAGCAGAGACCCCUGUAGAUGCUGAUGCCCCGGUCCACCCACCUGUCUCAGAGACGCACCCCUAUGACUUGGACCCCAAACAUUUGCCAGCAGACACAGAAUAUGGCUGCAAAAUGGUUGGUGGAGUCGUCCAUGUCUACAACAAGAAAACCAACAUGGACAAAAGCACAGAACUUGACCUGCCCUAUCCCGACCUGACAGAGUAUAUUGGAGACAUGAAUGUUAUGAUGGCCCUCAUUAUCAAUGGCCCAGUAAAGUCUUUCUGCUACCGCCGCCUGCAGUACCUGAGCUCUAAAUUCCAGAUGCACAUCCUCCUGAAUGAGAUGAAAGAGCUGGCAGCUCAGAAGAAAGUUCCACACAGAGACUUCUACAACAUACGAAAGGUGGACACUCACAUACAUGCAUCCUCUUGCAUGAACCAGAAGCACCUGCUGCGAUUCAUUAAGAGAGCCAUGAAGAAAUACCCAGGGGAGAUCGUGCACAUCGAGCGUGGACGUGGUCAGACCCUCAAGGACGUGUUUGAGAACAUGAACCUGACGGCCUUUGACCUUAGUGUAGACACUCUGGACAUGCAUGCGGACCGCAACACGUUCCAUCGGUUUGACAAGUUCAACGCCAAAUACAACCCCAUUGGAGAAUCCAUCCUCAGAGAGAUCUUCAUCAAGACUGACAACCACAUUGAAGGAAAAUACUUUGCACACAUAGUCAAGGAGGUGAUGUAUGACUUGGAGGAGAGCAAGUAUCAGAACUCUGAGCUUCGCCUGUCCAUCUACGGUCGCUCCCGGGACGAAUGGGAUAAGCUGGCUCAGUGGGCCCUCAAACACCGAGUGUACUCUGAUAAUGUGCGCUGGCUCAUCCAGGUGCCCCGUCUUUUUGACGUGUACCACACAAAGAAGCAGCUGGCUAAUUUCCAGGAGAUGUUGGAGAAUAUCUUCAUGCCUCUGUUUGAAGUCACAAUCAACCCACGCAGUCAUCCUGAGCUUCAUCUCUUCCUGGAGCAUGUGGUGGGCUUCGACAGCGUGGACGAUGAGUCGAAACCGGAGCACCACAUUUUCAAUCUGGACAGUCCGCUGCCGGAAAACUGGACAGAAGAGGACAACCCACCCUACUCCUACUACCUCUACUACACCUACGCCAACAUGACUGUGCUCAACCACCUGCGAAGGCGGAGAGGAUUUCACAUGUUUGUGCUGCGUCCUCACUGUGGGGAGGCGGGGCCGGUCCACCACCUGGUGUCAGGUUUCAUGUUAUCACAGAACAUCUCUCAUGGACUGCUGCUCAGAAAGGCCCCGGUGCUGCAGUAUCUUUACUACCUGGCUCAAAUUGGCAUCGCCAUGUCACCACUGAGUAACAACAGCCUGUUCCUCAGUUACCAUCGCAACCCGCUGCCAGAGUACCUGUCAAGAGGCCUCAUGGUCUCUCUGUCCACUGAUGAUCCUCUUCAGUUCCACUUCACCAAGGAGCCUCUGAUGGAGGAGUACAGCAUUGCCACUCAGGUGUGGAAACUGAGUUCCUGUGACAUGUGUGAGCUGGCAAGGAACAGCGUGCUCAUGAGCGGGUUCUCACACAAGGCCAAAAGCUACUGGUUGGGCCCUAGUUAUUCUCGGGAGGGUCCUGAGAGCAACGACAUCCGUCGUACCAACGUCCCUGACAUCCGCGUGGCGUACCGCAGCGAGACCCUCUCUGAGGAGCUCCAGCUCAUCACUCACGCUGUGCGCACUGAAGAGCUGGAGCCCAUCGAUGAGGAGGAAUCUCUGACCAUGGGCCCUCUCCCAGGACAACGCUGAAGUCUCAAUAACAAGACAUGCCCUGUAAAUCUCCAGCAUGACACUGAAGAGAAGUGGUGUAUGGGUAACUCUAUUGCAUCAUACAUACAAUAUAACCAUUACCAACCAACACUAUUGAAGUAUGCCGCACACACAGCUACCAAAAAGCCAAGGAUACAGUGCUGCCAGAGCACUUCAGCUUCUAUGUUCCUAGGUUUCUUGUAGCAGGAAGUUGUUCAAUUUUGUUUUUGUUUUUCUGUGGGGCAUGUUUAGUCUCAGUCAACAUUAUGAAUGUUAGCAGAGAGGACCACAACCAGUGUUUCUUGUGAAUGGAAAGCACUCAUCACCUUCAGGGCAAUGUCGUCCUUAUUUCUUAGUCCAUGCGUUUGACUGGCCAUCACGUCCUGCCAAAGCCAUCAAAUGAUCCCUGUGAUUUAUUCUGUUAUAGUCAGCGAGAGGUUCACCAUACACACCAGACACAUUACAAAGCAUGUACUAUCUGUGUAGUAUCCAUGUACUACAGAAACACUUACAACCAGCACAUUGAAACUUUCUUCACAGCUCUGAAUGUUGCUUACCUUCCAUUAUACAGUCAUGCUGCUUAGCAGAAACUAGAGCAUCUGCCAUCUUCAUUAUACAAACUCAUAUACUAUAAUAACAGAUGUUUUGUUAGGUAUAGAUAUUAGAGCUAUUAUUUGAGGUGAAGUCUGGACGUACCCGCACAACACACUUUGACAGGUUUCAUGUUUUAAGCCACUUCAGGGCAGCUUAAAGCCUGUACAAUAACUGAAUCAGAAAGAAAGAAGAGAGUGUAGCAUCUGUCUGGAUAUCAGCCAUGCAUGGAGCUUGGUGUGGUUUCAGAUCAUUUAUUUGCCAAAUUGCACACAAACAAUCGUUCUUCCGUGAUUUUAAUGAGCUCAGAGAGAAACUCCACAACCCCCGAGUGACGAGAGAAGCAAAUUUCCUGGUGGUUGACUGCAAACAUUCCACGAAACAAAAACUCAUCUUUAGCUGCAAAUGACGUCCAGUAAAUGUUGAGAAUCAUCUUGGUUUGAUUGUAUUUCUGUGGUACAAGAGCUAAAAAAGGGGAACAUGGGCAUCGUAGAUUUGAACCACAGCACAAAUAAGUGUGACUGGAAUCUGUGUCGUCUGAGGAGAACGUCCUUACCGUUACCUCACUGUGGCUGUGAAGAUGCUGUCCCUCCUUUGGUCCCUGAUUUAACUAAUCCCUUCUCUAAUGGACAAACCAGAAAGAUGUGGAGCCCCCCCCCCCCCUGCAUGCUGUGCACUGUAAAUAUGCACCAAGCCAAGACUCCACAGUGCCUUUUCAUUUUUAGCUUCGGGCUAAAAAUGCCCAGUUUUUUUCCGUACCACCUAUUUUGCAUACUUUUCCUCGGCCAUGAACAGAAGUCCUCUAUGCUGACGGAACACCGACGGAACUGAAACCACCUCACUGCAUGCUCGGUGUAAAAUAGCUUUUUACCCUGGCCUUCGAUUGAUGAGGAAAACUGAUUUGUUUCUCUGCUUCCAAGUGCUUUUGUUGCAUGCCUGCAUGAGUAAUGGAUGGCAGAAGAGAAUGAGUCGUUUGCAGCGAGCUGUAAUGUAAAGCAUCUUAACUAAUUCAGGGCUGCCGACAAGCUUCAGAAAUCAGUCAGAAAUCUGUUUGCCGAAAACAGAUUUAAAUUCAGCAUUGUCCACCAUGUAGAGACGAGCAAACCAUGCUGGGACAUGGUUGACACUGUUGCAUGGUUCUUGUAGCAUUUUGUUUUUAUAAACUGGAUGCAAAUCUGAUCAAAGCUGGGAUCACACUUUGUAUUGUACACUCCCCACACUGUCACACCACUCUACCUGCCACUGGACACGGUCCAACUUCACAACAAACUGUGAGCAUUCUUCUUAAACCUAGAUACUACUGUCAUGUAAUAUUUGAAUCACAAAACGUCAGCCUUUAUUUGAAUAACCAACUAUAAUGUAUCAGUAUACAGUAUAUACCUAUUUUGCUUUAUAGAUGAUUAGGAUGAAAGAUGAGAACCCGUAUUUGUUCAGCAAGAAUACAGUAGCUUCUAAGUGUUCAUGGGAUGCACCAGAGGUUGUGCACUGAACAUGACGAAAAAAGUGCGUUUUUGUUGGAUUUCAUGUAUAAAAGUGUAUUUUUUUAAAGGGGAUAUAGAGAUAAGAAAUUUUAUAUUCACAAUAUAUUAAUGUUGAGGUUUAGUUUUGUUGCUGUUGGUCAUUGUGAAUUAGCAUUAUGCCAUAUAUAGGUUUUCCAAUACAGUUUUAUCUUUGUUUGCCUUUUUGAUUUGUUAAUCAGACACCAUGUAUGGAUGUCUAUCCUGCCAAUUUAAUAUUACGCUAACCGUUUUGUUCACUCUUUGUUUAUUUUUUAUUCGUGAUCAUUCUCCGUUCAUUUUUACAGCACAGUUAUUGCGCCUUGAUAGAUACCUCUUACUUUAAAGGCAAAUGUUGUCUCUACAGUAGCCUAUCAGACACUGAAAACUAACCUAUAUUUUUAUGUCUAAUCAAUAGAGUUGGCUUUUUUCUGUUUGUUUUUUUGUUUGGUUGCAAAGACUCAUUUCAGCCAUUGAUCGACACUGACUCGUCCAAUAGCAUCAGUCUUUAGACCCAAGCACAAAAUAUUUUAUGUAUUGCAGCUUCAUUCUGUUAGUGGCCUUUCCAAGUUUGAAUGUUGAACAACCAUCCUGUUGACUAUUUUUCAACGUGUUUUAAGGUAAUUAUGGGAAUAAUUGUUUGAUGACAGUCACCCUGAUAUGAUGUGUCAUAAGUGAGGGCGUUUUCAUACCUGCCUGGUUUAAUUUAGCUGAAAUCACAUUCGGGAGCGGACAGAAACAACCAGAACGGUUCUAAACGAGCUCUGGAGCGGUUCGUUUGUGCUGGGAGCGUGAUCAGAGUUUGAGACAAACUGCUCCUUUAGCCAGGUGCACUUUGCAUCCUUGCAAGCCAUGGUUUCUCUGACAGAAAUAUACACUGCAGCACCUUCUAUCUGUGUUCACUUUCUUGCUCCUGUCCCAGACUCAUCCAACCAAUAAGCUCAGCAAACCAAGUGGAAAACUCUUCCACCAGAUUCAGACUGAAGCAAACAAACUAUAGGUGUGAAAACGCCCAAUUAGAAUCUGAACUGAACUGAACCGUUUCCAUCCAUUCAGCUGUUGUUUACAGCAUUUACUGUAUAUACUGGUUUCAUGUUGUCUUUACCGUCACCACAGAGCCACUUGUCUGCCCUCACAACAGUGCAGCCUACCUCACAGAUAAUAAUCUCUGACAGUUUGUCAUGUUGCUGCUCAGCAAGAGAACACCGCAACUAAUGAUUACUUUCACUUUUAAUUAAUCCACUGACUUGUUUCCUGGAUUAAUCGAAUAAUUGCUAUGUUCAGAAAAUAUCAGAAAAUUGUGAAAAGGUGUCGUCAUAAUUCCCUAUAGUGCAUGGGGUAUUGAUGUAUUCAAUUGUCUGUUUUAGCCCAGCGAAGUGGCCAUAACCCACCAAAAAAUUGCUAUCAUAGACACCAGAGAAGCUUGAACCAGUACACUGGUUAUUUUUUAGAGCUGUCCUCGACUAAAGAAAUUCUUUGUUGAUUAAUUGAUUAAAUUUGAUUAAUUGAUCACUAAAACUGUGUUUCUCUACAAAGAAUCAUGCAAAAGCAACACAUUAAAUCUUCUGUUUACCAGAGAUUUGCUCAUAAAUUGCUUGGAAAUAAGUCAUUCAGCAUGAAAAAAGCAUGAAAAAAUUACUAGUCGGCUAAAGAAAUCUUAGUCGACUAUGAACAAAACAACUGAUUGGUUGACUAAUCAACUAAGAGGGGGCAGAGUUAUUCAUUUUAACUCCAUCAAUCAUCACAAUUAUUCUUUUGACAAUCAAUUAAUCCCAGUAAAUAACUGCACAAGAUAAAAUAUUAUUGGAUGUCAACACAAAAACAUACCAAUUAUUCAAAUAUAUGCUAUACUAUAUUCAUAUUUCACAUUGAUUCAUUUCUAUAUACUAACCUCACUCCAUUUAUUAUAAGUAUUCUGAUACUAACACUUGAUAUGUUUGUGUUCAGCUGAUAUUUUUCUCAUAAAGUAUCUCUGUUUUACAGUCACAUCACUUUCUGAAAUGGGAUUCUUUUUUUUCUUAUUAUUUUGAUGUCCAUUGACCUGUAGCCAUAUUAUUGCCUGAAAUGGAUUGCCAGUGUUCAACAGAUUCAGAUGCUUCUGAUAAGGUUCAUGUGUAAUGUCUAAACAAUGAAAUAAAGCAUGUUUAUUCACUAAAA